AUGAACCUAAUUGCUGAUAGAUUCAGCUCGACCAAUGCACUGGUUAGAGAAUUACAAUAUGAUAAGGAAGAAAAUUUAGAAAACGAUUUUAUAACGGGUUCAUCACAGUUCCGUAAACUAGCUCCAUCAAUUGCGCUACCACCUAUCUCUACUCCCCAAGAAUUUUUAAGAGCACAUACUGAUGAUUCCAAGAAUCCAGAUUGUAAGAUUAAGAUUGCUCAUGGUACUACAACGUUGGCUUUUAGAUUUCAAGGUGGGAUUGUAGUCGCUGUGGACUCAAGAGCUACCGCUGGAUCCUGGAUCGCUUCACAAACCGUUAAAAAAGUCAUUGAGAUCAAUCCAUUUUUGCUGGGUACAAUGGCUGGUGGUGCUGCAGACUGUCAAUAUUGGGAAACAUGGCUAGGUGCACAGUGUAGGCUGCACGAAUUAAAAGAGAAGGAACGUAUCUCGGUUGCAGCAGCUUCAAAGAUUCUAAGUAACCUAGUGUACCAAUACAAGGGUGCGGGACUUUCGAUGGGUACAAUGAUCUGUGGUUAUACCAAGAAAGAAGGUCCAACAGUGUAUUAUGUCGAUUCUGAUGGUACAAGGCUGAAAGGUGAUCUUUUCUGUGUAGGUUCAGGUCAAACGUUUGCGUACGGUGUGUUAGAUGCCAACUAUAAAUGGGAGCUAGGUGUAGAAGAAGCACUGGAACUGGGGAAGAGAUCUAUUUUGGCGGCGACUCAUAGAGAUGCUUACUCUGGUGGUUCGGUUAACCUGUAUCACGUGACCGAGGACGGUUGGGUAUACCAUGGUAAUCACGAUAUCAAUGAACUGUUCUGGGAAACUAAGGAGAAGGAAGGUUCAUUUAACAAUGUGGUCGGUUAA